GUGACCAACGUCAUGAGUACAACUGUUUCGUCAUGUCGUUCAAAAAGCUCUCUACUAAGUUCGUGUUAGCGGUUUUCUUUCUACUAAGCGGCAUCGAGUAUGGUGUUAUUAUCCCCACGUUGUGGCCUUAUCUCGAAGAGCUUGGAGCUUGUCAUUCGUUUUACGGUCUCACUUUCUCCGCCUACUGCAUGUCUGGUCUUGUGAUGGCAAUGCUUUUCGGUGCUAUCAGUGACAAAGUACGAAAGACGAAGCCGUUGGUGACGUUGGCCAUUCUUUGCCAGGUGGCGGGUGAUGUUCUCUAUUUUAUUGCCAGCUCACCGGAAAUGGUUCUUGGUGGACGUUUCCUAUCUGGUGUGGGAAUGGGCGGAGGCUCUGUGAUCUACGCUAUGUUGGCGUGGACCAGCAGUGAGAAUGAUCGAACGUCUUCCUUUUCAUUAGCCAUAGCAUUGAGGAACAUUGGUAUUGUUGUGGGGCCAGGAUUGAACAUACUGCUACUCCACAUCGAUUUCCAUCUCGGUCCUUAUCACAUUCAUCUCAACAACGUGGCUGGAUUUUUAAUGGCGUCAUUGUGGACGUUCAAUCUGCUAUUGAUGCCUUGUUUCUAUUUUGAUCCACAAGUCCGACGCCCAGACGGAAGAAAUGUGAAGAAAGAGUGUCCUGAUCUGCCUAGAAUUAACGGCAAAGUAACCUGCACUAUACCUAGAGGGUCUAGUGCGUCGAGUGACGAUGAGAGGGAACCGUUGAUUAGUGAAAGUAGUGACAUCCAAUAUCGAUAUAAGGUCAAGACCUCUGAUUCUAUGCAGAAAGAUGUUUCAAGCCUUUUUUAUGCGUUUGCCGAUCAGUAUCUUCGUGAUGAAAUAGUUGUCUUGUUGGCUAUUCAAUUUGUUCAAUUCUUUAAUCAAUGUGGGCUGGAGUCUCUCGUUCCUCCAUUUGCUAAAGACACAUUCGGUUGGACUAUCUUUCACUCGAGUCUCCUAUUUAUGGCCGCUUCUAUCGUUACCGUUGCUGUCUACGUUAUUCUUAUGUGUAUCAAGAGCAGAGUUUCUGAUCGAUCUAUCGUUAUUAUCGGUCUGUUACUGGAUAUAUGCGGAGUAGCAUUGCUGGUGGCAUUCGUGCCCCGUAUGAAACCUCAUCACAACGUUGGUGUUAACACCAUCAUAUUUGUUAUUGGAUUUGGCUUGGCCAUGACGGGAUUUCCUGCUGUUCUCAUAGCUACAGCCGGUUUGCUAAGCAAAUUGACGUCGAUGUCUUGGCAAGGCCGAACUCAGGGCGUGCGACGUGUAGUUACUAAUAUUGGAAUGAUUAUGGGACCGUUAUGGUCAGGCUCAUUGAUGGAUAACCUCUACAUCAUGUUAGCAGCCAUGCUUGCUCUAUUGCUUUACGUCAGUGUUUUAGGUGGACUGUCUUCUAAGCGUUUAUACGAAGGUGGAAAUCAUUUUAGAAGAAAUAGUUUCUUUACUUGAUUUUGUAUUAGAUUUUGCAGAGAAAUGGUCACUUUUAGUAUAGUAGCUGAAAGUAUAACACUAUG